CUCUUCAUUUAUCAUCACCACUCUCGUUUAGCAACACUUCUCACUUAAAACAUCUUACUUAAAAUAGAAAUAUAUAUUGUGAGAGAUGGCUUCAAAAAUCUCAGCAUCCCUUGUCAUUUUCCUCACAUUCAACAUCCUAUUCUUCACGUUGACCAAUGCGUGUGGUGGUGGCUGCAGUCCAGUCCCUAAACCCAAGCCUAAGCCAAAGCCUACUCCGAGCCAUUCCUCCACCGGAAGCUGCCCAAGAGACACUCUCAAACUCGGUGUUUGCGCCAAUCUCCUCAAGGAUCUUCUCAAAAUCGAGUUGGGCACACCACCAGUCAAGCCUUGCUGUUCGCUCCUCAACGGUUUGGUUGAUCUUGAGGCUGCAGCUUGUCUCUGCACUGCCCUAAAGGCUAAUGUUAUAGGCAUUAAGCUUAAUGUUCCAGUUUCUCUAAGCCUUCUUCUCAAUGUGUGUGGCAGGAAGGUCCCUUCUGGAUUUGUAUGUGCUUGAUCUAUCUAUCAACCAUUAAUCGAUUGGUUAUAUAAUCUUUUAUCUAUGUUUUGUUGUUUUUCUUUUAUUAAAAUUCUCUAAAUUCUGCUGUUUUCAGUUUUAAUUCAAAUAAGUGUUUCUUAUACUUCUUUUGCUGUAUCCAUUAUAAAUCAAUUUUUUCAUUCAGAUUUUUAGUAAUAAUCAGCUUCUCGUUUCCGCUUA